AUGGCUUUGAGACUGUCGACGCUAAAACGCGCCGCGGUUGAAUCACGGCGCAUGUUUGAACCCCGAAGCUUCAGACACUUUUCCGCUAUUCCUCCUCCUUUAAGCGGCGCCUUUGAUCGCCCCACCGCUUCGCCGCCGCUGGUUUUACCGGAGUUCUAUCAGGAUCAACUUGAUUUUAAUGAUGACAAGAGUUUCGGAUUCGGUUUCCCAAGUUUCUAUUUCGGUGGAUCCACGGAGUUAAUGGCUGUGCCCAAGAAGAAGGUUUCUAAAUACAAGAGAGGGCUAAGAAAUGGACCAAAAGCCCUUAAACCUACUCCCGUGAUCAUCCGUUGCAGCAGAAUGUUUUUGUUACCACCAGCUGACACUUCUAUGUUUCCAGGAGUUGUGGGCGAGUUAAGCUGCCACAUUUCUACUGCUGCAGCGGUGAACGCGCAAUACCGGAUGAGCAAAGGUCGAGAAUCAAAUGCUGUUCUUAGUGGAGGGCUCAAAAUCAAUAUGCUGUUUGAACAUAUGUUGUUACUUGGAGUUUAUGAUCGAUUCUACAUUCACAAGAAAAAUAAGAUGGCCAUGUCCCCAAAGUCGUGUGUGUUUGAUUGGUUCUCAUUAGUACUGCCAAAUUAUGCGGUUUUACUGCCACAGUGGAGCUUACGAAGCAACACGUGUCAUCAUUUGUUGGGCUAA